AUGAGGUCAUUCAACCAGGUUUCAUCAGCCCCAGGCGGGGCAGGCAAAGGUGGUGGAGAAGAGCCCGGGAAGCUGCCAGAGCAGGCAGAGGACGAAUCCCAGGUUUUGCACGGAACUGGCCACUGCAAGUGGUUCAACGUGCGAAUGGGAUUUGGAUUCAUCUCCAUGAUAAGCCGAGAGGGAAGCCCCUUGGAUAUUCCAGUCGAUGUAUUUGUACACCAAAGCAAAUUAUUCAUGGAAGGAUUUAGAAGCCUAAAAGAAGGAGAACCAGUGGAGUUCACAUUUAAAAAAUCUUCCAAAGGCCUUGAAUCAAUACGGGUAACAGGACCUGGUGGGAGUCCCUGUUUAGGAAGCGAAAGAAGACCCAAAGGGAAGACACUACAAAAAAGAAAACCAAAGGGAGACAGCAUUUCUUCUUAUGGAGGUCUGCUGGCCACAAGUUCUCUCAGAUGCUACAACUGUGGUGGCCUUGAUCAUCAUGCUAAGGAAUGCAGUCUACCUCCUCAGCCAAAGAAGUGCCAUUGCUGUCAGAGCAUCACGCACAUGGUGGCGAACUGCCCCCACAAAACUGCGGUGCAGCCGCCAGCCAGUUCUCAGGGAAGACAGGAAGCGGAGCCCCAGCCGUGCACGUCGGCGUUCCCUCGGGAGGUGGGGGGAGGGCACGGCUGUCCAUCAUUUCAGGAGGCGAGGUCCGAGCUCUCAGAGUGGCCAGGCAGGGCCCCUCAAGAAGCUUCGUCCACCAAGUCAUCUGCAGCACCGGAAGAACAAAGCAAAAAGGGGCCUUCCGUUCAAAAAAGGAAAAAGACAUAA